AUGGCGGACCUCUCCAUCGAGGAGGCGAACAAGAUUCGCCUGUCCAUGGGUUUGCCUGCCCUGCCUGGAUCUGGCGCCACAGUAGCCCCGUCUGGACCAACUUUCAAGCCAGCGAGAGACGACGACGACUCUGACGAGGAACCCGCGAGCACCAUCGACACACGCCAGGCUGCCGCGCACGACAACUGGCAGAAGCUACAGGACGAGCAAAAUGCCAAGAAGAAGCGCGAAGAGCGGACAGCUGCGAUCAAAAAGGAACGCGAGAAGGCUGCGCGACAUGCGAAGCUUGAUGGCAAGGGUCUCGCGGAUGAGAUGAACGACGAUGAUGACAUGGCGUGGUUAAAAGGCAGCAAGAAGCGCCAGAAGAAGAUCGCCAAGGCUGAGCAGACGCAGAAGGAACUCGAGGAGCGGGAGCGCCAGGCACGCGAAGCGAUGCAGUAUACCGAAUCAGAUCUCGCUGGUGUCAAAGUCGGCCACGAAGUAGAUCAGUUCGACGAUGGAGAAGAUCAGAUCUUGGUACUGAAAGACACGGCAGUUGACGGUGAAGAUGACGACGAGCUGGAAGCAGUCGCGAUCAAGGAGAAGGAGAGGCGAGAAGAGAGGCUAAAUUCUAAGAAACGCAAGAUGGCCUAUGACCCCAACGACAUGGACGAGUCUGGCCAGAAGUCGAUAUUGGCACAGUACGACGAGGAAAUCGAUGGAAAGAAAAACAAGGCCUUCACACUAGAUGGCAAGGGUCGCACGGUCGAGGAUAUCGAAGCUGAAGCUGCAGGCGCUGCUCAGCCGAAGAGGGUAGCCAUCAGCUUGGACAUCUUGAAGGACGACGCACCUGCAAACGACUAUAUGGACUUUUCAGCGAUGAAGAUGAAAAAGCCUAAGAAGAAGAAGGCCAAGAAGUCAAAGAGGGAGCGCGUCGAGGAUGAAGAAGAGAUGUUUAUUGCACCCGCGGAGGAGCCUGCAGCCGACGAUAUGGACCUUGACGACGCUGAGGCAGCAGCAGUGCCAAAAGCUAAGAAGAAGAGUAUGUUCGAUGAAUCGUUCGUUGACGAUGACGAUCUCCAGGCCAAUCUUGCUGCUCAACGCCAAAAAGCAUUGAAGAAGCGGAAGAAGAUGCGUCCCGAAGAUAUAGCACGACAGCUUCGUGAGGAAGCCUCCGCACCCCAGACACCUGAUGUGCUGGAUUCCACCGAAUUUGUCGAUGAGGCCGCACUGGUGAUUGACGAAACAACCGAGUUUGUGCAAAACCUAGGCGCGAAUACCGGAGACAACGAGGAAGAGGAGUCACGGCGCAAACGCAGAAAGUCCAGCCAUAUGUCUGAAGGCGUGAAAUCCAUGGGCGACAUACAGCCAAUCGAUGAUGACGGUGAUCUGGAAAUGGGACAGUCGUACGCUGAAGUGGCUGAAGCUGAAGACGCCCGUCAACGUAGUGAGGAGCGUGCUCGCUCUGUUGGCUUCACAGACACCGGCCUUGAGGCAGAAAAGACUGUCGACCAGGGCCUCGGUGCAACUCUUGCUCUCUUGAGGCAACGCGGCUUAGUGACCCAGUCCGACACCACCGACCGCAACGCAAGCUACCGAGAUCGCCAGAAGUUCCUUGCCGACAAACUCAAAGCCGAAGGAGACGCCGAGCGCCAACGAAAGGUCGCACGUGAGCGUGAGCGAGGCUCAGCGCGAUGGAACACCAUGACUCCCCGUGAACGUGAGGAAUGGGCUCGCAAGCAGAACACCAACGCCGACGUAUCCGAGAGCAGAAGACUCGCCGAGAUCUUCAACAAAGAGUACAAGCCGAACGUUGAGCUGAACUACGUCGACGAGCACGGACGCCAGAUGAACCAGAAGGAGGCAUUCAAGCAGCUCAGUCACCAGUUCCAUGGCAAGGGCAGCGGCAAUACGAAGACGAAGAAGCAUCUCGACAAGAUUGCGGCCGAGCAGAAGAAGAUGGCCGAGAGUUCCCUGGAGACUAACCGUGCGGGUGGUUUCGGCAAUGCACAGGAUCAGCAGGCGAAGAAGCUCAAGACCGCUGGUGUUCGUCUGCAGUAA